AUGAGCUUCUCCACCUCCUCCAUCUCUGCGCCGGCCUUGAUGCUGGAGGGCGAGGCCGAGGCUCCUGAGCUGGCGCAGGCCGCUCCGUCGCCCGAGGGACCGGCAGACGCGGCCGAGGCGCCUGCGCCGAGCAGCAGCAACAGCAGCGGCGCCCAGGGGGGCUCUGCGCAGACGGCCUCUGCGGCUGCUGCACCGGAGCCAGUGGCGACGUCGUCGGGCCAGCCGUCGUCGUCAGGUCCCUCCUCGCCCCACUCUCCUGCUGCGGAGGAGACGCGCAUCUGCUUCCCCUUCCUCAACCGAGGGGUCUGCAGCUUUGGCGCCGGUUGCCGCUUCCGCCACCUCGCGCCAGACCACCCGGACGCGAUCGCCGACCGCGUGCGCACGGGCCACAUCUUCAAGAUUGCAAACGUGCAGGACGAAAAGGUGCAGGCGCAGCUGCAGGAGCUCACCGCCGCCACGUCGCCCUCAGCCCAGGCGCUCGCGCCGCCGACGGCGGCGUCGCACGACGCCCGCAUCUGCUUCCCCUUUCUGAACCACGGCCGGUGCGACCGGGAGGCGACCUGCCGGUUUCGGCACCUGGCGCCCGACCAUCCCGACGCGGUGGCCGACCGGAUGCGCACCGGCGCGUACGACAAGAUCCCGCCGCACGCCAACCCGCUCAUUGAGCAGAACCCGCACGUGACGCCGGGAGAGCCCGCCUCCCGGGUCGCGGCGUGCGUGACACCCGACGAGCCCCCACGACCGCGCUCCGCACCACUUCACUGCUCGGGGUCCGGCAAAGGAAACGAUAGAUAA